CAACUCUUCAAAAAAAAAAAAAAAAGGGAAAAAAAGAGAAAUCACCGCCGACCUUUAAUUAUCAAGAUUUAUAUACCAUGAUCGCAUUGGGACUUGAAGGAAGCGCUAAUAAAUUGGGUGUUGGAUUGAUUAAACAUGACAUGUCGACCACACCACCGACCGUGACUAUCCUCUCGAAUGUUCGCCACACAUAUCACCCUCCACCGGGUGAAGGGUUCUUACCCAAGGACACGGCACUACACCAUCGUACCUUUAUCAUAGAGUUGAUCAAGAACGCGAUGGCAGAAGCAAAUAUCACGCCAAAGGAUAUCGAUGUCAUUUGCUUCACAAAGGGGCCUGGUAUGGGAGGGCCUCUGACGAGCGUAGCAACCGUGGCUAGGACAUUGGCAUUGAUGUGGAAUAAAGAACUCGUGGGUGUCAAUCACUGUGUUGGACACAUUGAAAUGGGCCGUCAGAUCACAGGGGCAGAAAAUCCUGUAGUGCUCUAUGUCUCUGGAGGGAACACACAGGUGAUUGCUUACGCAGAUAAACGGUAUAGGAUCUUUGGAGAGGCAUUGGAUAUCGCGGUCGGAAACUGCAUUGAUCGGUUCGCCAGAGUCCUUGGUUUACCAAACGAUCCUGCACCAGGUUAUAAUGUAGAACAAUUGGCAAAGAAGGGUUCCAAAUUGAUUGAUCUGCCCUACACAGUCAAGGGUAUGGACGUAUCCUUCAGCGGGGUGUUAUCCUAUAUCGAGACGAACGCACCGGCGCUUUUGGCAUCUGGAGAAUAUACAGAGGCCGAUCUAUGUUUUUCAUUACAGGAAACACUUUUUGCGAUGUUGGUGGAGACAACGGAGAGAGCGAUGGCGCACAUUGGUUCGAAGGAGGUGUUGAUUGUGGGAGGAGUUGGAUGUAAUAUGAGAUUACAGGAGAUGAUGUCGCAGAUGGCUAGUCAGCGUGAUGGGAAAGUGUUUGCGACAGAUGAGAGGUUUUGUAUUGAUAAUGGGAUCAUGAUCGCACAGGCAGGUAUUCUUGCUUAUCAAACUGGGUAUACAACUCCCUUGGAGAAGACAUGGUGUACACAACGGUUCAGGACAGACGAGGUGUUUGUAGCGUGGAGAGACUAAAUGAAGAAUAAAUAAAUGUAGAGGGAGGAUUUCAUACUGCAAUAGAAU